AUGCAGUCUGCAGAAGAAUGUGAGAGGAGACGGAAGAAAAAGAAGCCUGAGCGCCUGAUUGUGCCGGUGAUUGGUGGUCCUCAGUCGUCGCUGAUCCAGCAGUACCACCGAGGAUUUGGCAAGGCAAAAGAGCUGCUGGGCUGGAUUGCAGACCAGCUCAAGAUUGAGACGAGCACGGGAUCACAGAACGUCGAGCUGCAUUCGGCUCUGAGAGCGCGAGAGGAAAAACUCGUCGCUUUAACUGAGGAGAUGCAAUCACUGACGACUGCCUCCUCGAGUGACGGUGACCGGAGCUUCGAGGAUAUAGAUGACCAUCAUACAGACAUGAUCUCUACGGCUCCCGAGUCCCAGACGGAUGUGCGAACGACGAGCCCCGACCAAUCGAUUCAGUUGGAAUUGGACAGGGCACCCGACAUGACAACUACUGCAAUGACCACGACGACUAUGACUACGACUACUACGAUGAUGACUACGACCUCUUUAGCAAACCCCUUCUCUACUACCAGUACCAGUACUGCUACUAGUACUACGACACCACUUUUUACGAUCAAUUCAGACGACCAAAUCACCCAAUGGUUCGCCAAGUUCGAUGCUCUGCUCGACUACCUCGGGAAGCUCCAGCUCCUACAACACGCAAAGCUUUCCUACGGCACACUUUUGGCCCUCCAACAACACUCAGAAAUGCCUCCUUCGCCCAAAACCUCCUCUGACAGCAGCCCUCCCAGCGGUCUUUCGUCCCCCUUCCAGAUGGCUUGA